CUCUAGGACACAGUCCAAUCGAGAUCGCGCCUCGUGUCAGGGCGCACAACGCACGUUUGUCCAUCGUUGCGCGUUCGUGCUUUUUUUUAUUAUACACAAUCGCGGUUGUUCACACAGAGAGUUCCGUAUCGCGGUAUUAGGACUAGCGACACGAGUCUGCCGUCACACGGUCUUGAUCUUUAUUUCUUCCUUUCUUCUUCGCGUCUUUUCAAUCUCGGUUUCACAAAGUCAGCUAUACCGAUUAUUCGCAUAUAGCAAACAAAACGGCCUAUGCAUUGUCAUAUUUUGUUUAGAUACUUGUUUUUAUUUACGCUGUGCCUUGAUGUGUGCGUGGCUGCGUCCGGAUGUGCGUGAAUUUUUAGUCAUCCCGUAUCGACAUAAAAAAGUUUUGCCUUCCGAGUGAUUUUUCGGUGUCUGCUCAAGUGCUUUUCCGAAUCUUCGUAUCUCGUUACAAUAGAUAGAUUGUAAUAACUUGACACGUUUUCGACAACAAAGUAGGUGGUGAAGCGAAGAGGUUUCCGUACGAUCUGGUGCUGCGUAUGUUUUUGUAUAGCCGGAGGAGCAGUUGGUCACGGGUGCGAUCAGCAGGAAGAGAAGAACGUAUUGGAGGGGGGUGGUGGCAGUGACAGGGGUGGCGAGGGUCACGGAGUUGGCCCAAGGGGUGGCAUCAUGGACUCUCAUCAGCAACAAUUCUGCCUCAAGUGGAACAGUUUCGGCAGCAACUUGGCAACCGCCUUCUCAAACCUCUUCAAAAGCGAGAGUCUCACCGAUGUCACCCUUUUCUGCGAGGGUGUCACAUUCAAAGCGCACAGACUCAUACUUGCGGCAUGCAGCAAACACUUUCAAGAGUUGUUCGAGGGUAUGCCACCCUCACCAGCGGGUCUCAUCGUCAUAUUGGAUGGCACGAGUGCACACAACAUGGCGUCCCUCCUCGAAUUUAUGUACAGAGGCGAGGUUCAUGUGUCACAAGAGUCGCUCAGCUCUUUCCUCAAGGCUGCUGAGUGUCUUCAAGUCAAGGGUCUGUCGAUAGAGCACGAAAAGCUCGCGGUGGCUCAUAGACACGCAGCCGAGAACAAUAAUUCAUCGACGGAUUCUGGAACCGGGAAUGCCGAGGUUCUCGAGGCCGAGGUUGCUGAGAGAGUUAUGAAGAGAGAACCAACCCCCGCACCACCUUACGCGGUACCAAAUAUCUACAGUUCCGCUCACUAUUACGAGAGCCCUCAGAAGAGAACGAGGUUAAUGAGGUCACCCAGCGAAAUGGAUGCGCUGGGCAGGGUCAGUGUACUCAGAGACGGGGCGGCUUUUCGUCCAGCGUCAGCACCGCAUCCACUCUUAUUGGAUAAUCAUCUCUAUCAGCCGUUCACUCAUCCAUCGGAAAAUUCGACUCAUCCUCACACAGCCCCGCACACACCCACGGAACUCGAACGCGAACUCGAACGUGACAGGUCCGAGGAGAGGGGAAAUGGUGAGCACAAAGAAAGCGUUGCGGAAGAUCUUCGUAUAAAGCAAGAACCAGCGGGCUUGACGGAUCGUGAAAGGGCAGAAAAAUUGGCUGAGAGAUUAUCGGGGGAGGUUUACACGGUCGGCCGAGGUUUCGAAGCUUCUAAUUACGGUAUAACGGGUGAUCAUAAGCCCAACGUCGCGCAAUUCGGACCCAGUAUCGUACCCCUUGCUCAUCCACCUACACCCGAUCUCAGCCCAGCUCCGACCACACCGGCGAGAUGGAAUUCGAAAAUCAACAAGGCAGGCACUGUCAGCACGCCGGACGGAAAAAAAUUGAAAUGUCCGUUUUGCGAGAGAUUGUACGGUUACGAGACGAAUCUCCGUGCCCACGUGCGACAACGCCAUCAGGGUAUAAGGGUUUCAUGUCCGUUUUGCUCGCGUACGUUUACCCGCAAUAAUACGGUAAGACGUCACAUCGCUCGCGAGCACAAGACUGAGUUGAGUCUCAAGGCUUUUCAGCAAGCGAGUCAUCCAGUGGCGGACACGGUACCCCAAUAAACGGCACCCUGGAACCUUCAGGAAAAAUUAUAUACGACAUUUGCAAGGUUGAAUAAGAAGAAACCAAAUUGGUAAAUAACACAACAAGUAAAAGAAGAUCAACAACCAAAGUCACGCUGGUUUUAUCACGCGCAAUACGAUAGCGUAUAAACGCGGGAUCGUGAUCGAUUUCACUAGAGUGCAUUGUUAUUCCUCAAAGUGCACUGGCGAUAUUUUCGUCUUGAAAAAGAGCAUCGAUCAUGUUCUUUUUUAAAAUUAUUAUUAUAAUCAAUGCUAAAGAGGGGGGGGGGGGGGGAGAGAAAAAACCAGGGAAAUGUGUUGCGGAGGUUUGUUUUUUUCUCUCUCAUCCACUCCCCACCUCCUCGAACAAGGAUGAGAUUUUGCAAACCGCGGUAGCAAAAAUCUAUUUUGCGAUUACUACAGUUACCUGUAAACUAGCAAGAGUACAAGUGCUCCCUCCCAUUCAACCCCGACCCAUUCGUAUGAGCGUCCAUCGUCUCCCGCUGAAGAAAAAAUGGAUCGACGGAGACGAAAUAAAUAAUAUUAUGCCGUCGGAUGUUGCUUCUCUGAUUGAAUGAUUUCGAUGUCGGAAAACAAGAAAAAAUACAUAAAUUACUCCAUUAGGAGAGCAGGCACAAGACGGCCCUUUUUUCACGAGAACAGCGUGUUCUCUUGUUGCAUUCCGGCUGUGAGACAAGUAGUAAACGAAAAAAGAUUGACGCAAAAUUAAAAAAAAAUUCAACGCAAGAAUGUGAAAAUGAAAAUGGCUACCAUAGAAGAAAGAAAAGAGAGAAAAAAUCCGCGGACCCGACAUCCUAUACGAACGUCACGAUGAAAAUAAUCGAUCGAGUAUACGAUACGUAAGACAAAAGAUCGAAAAACAUCAGUAAUAACAAUAGACAUGAUGGAAAAUGAAAUAGAUUUAACAGAAUUCGAGGACGCGCGGAUUUGGUCUCGUAACACGAUCGAAAGACCCGUGAAAAUCCUCCCUCCCCGACUAUCCUCGCUCCUUGAUGCUGUCUCACGAAAACACGCUGCAAAUCACAAAACUAGUCAAUGAAAGUGCAACGGUCAAGUAAGGUUUAUUAACUGUACUGUAAAAAAGUAAUAAUUAAAAAAACAAAAACCGUACGAAACACAAAAUAAAAAGAAAAUGAAAAAGAAGACAAAACGAAGCGAGUGAGGUGUGGAAAAGCCGAAAAGCCAAGCGUGUGGCAAAUAUAAAAAGAAGAUCAACGGCGUUUCAGUGAAGUAUUAAGAGGCGAAAGAAACAAAAGAAAAUAGCAUUAUGAUACAGUCACGGAGGCGUAUGUAAGGCCGAGCGAUUAUGAAUGUGAGCGUAUGAAUGGCAAAUAGAGAUCGCAAGAAAACAAACCGAUCAACUCAGGUAAUUGAUCAACUGAUUACUUUUACAAGAUUUUCUUCGUUAGUAACUCGCAAGAGUUUCCGCUAUUAUUAUUAUUAUUAUUAUUAUUAUUAUUAUUAUUAUUAUUAUUUUCAUUAUUGUUAAUAUUAGCAUUAUUAUUACUUCUUCUUCUACUACUACUACUACUACUACAACUACAACUACUACUACUACUACUACUACUACUACUACUGUUAUUUCCC